ACUGCGGCAUUUUCGUACGUCAGAUCAGAACAAAACGGAACUGUGACCUGUGGCAGCGAACAAUUCAUCCAAAUUGCUUCUGAUGGACGUCAUCCUUUUCUUUUUUUAAGGAUUCCACUUGUGUUUGGUGUGAAAUUGAAUCGCCGCCUAAGAGAAUACAGAGCAGAAAACUCGAAGAUCAUUGCGGAUCAACAACCGUGGCGUAAAGCAACUUCGCCAUUAUUUGUUUUUCAAUUUUCACUUUGACUACCGAACUUAACAAGAUAUCUCGACUUCCUUUGUACUGAACUCGUGGAAGAGGUUUUGCCUCGUGAAAGGUGAGUCAUUAUAAAGCUUAGAAAACAUACGGAUCAAGUUGCCCUAUAAGUUGCUUACAAGUUGAAAUGUAAACUUUUAGCUUAACCUAUUUACGGACAAAAACAAUGCAUGUUCUCACAGUAGGGUUUAUGAAUGUGUACAUAUUCUUUUAAAAUAUUGUUCUCCAGUUUACGUUAGCUUUCGUAGGUUAGUGUGAUGUUUAACUUAGUAAAAUACACUUUUUAUUGAGAGAUACGAUGGCAAAUAUACCCCGAUUAAAUGUUCGAUUUAAAGCCUUAUUUGGAUAAGAUGUCAUGGCAACUUUUAUUAUACUUGCAGUUUCGCAAGAAACAUUUAAAAAAAUGUUUAACUGAAGAAUAUACCGAAGGCAAUCAACUAAUUUUCCUGAAAGGACAAAAUGUGAAAAACAAACGCAAACAAAGUGAUCCAGUAAUUUAUACAAACAUUUCUGGCAUAUGCCAUUUAUCAGUAAAAUUUUUGAGCAUGGAGAAUUGUUCUCAUAACUUCCAAUUUUUCUUUGGGGAUUAAAUUGGUUUUCAUGAUCCCAUGAACAGAGUUGCCAACAAUAUGUUGGGGAGAGAUGAUCUGGGGUGCCUAGUUGGAUUCCUUGUUUAAGUUCUCAGUUGGUAAGGGCAGACAAAUAUCUGAGUAUAUUUUUGUGCUAAAUGGUAUCUACUGUAGAUGUUAUGAGCGAAACUACACACCAAAUCAUCAACAAGUUAUUUAUUAUCCAACCACUGUUUUUUAUUCUUUUCUUAUAAAGUGGGAGAUGAUGCAAAAUGCAUAGUAAAAAACCAUUGCAAGCAAGAGCAAAACCUGUUAAACAGGUUGGCCACCAACUGUCCAAUAACUGUGCAAUUAUGCAUUAUACUCCGUCUGUGCAUUCUUUGGACUCCAUUUAGUGUUGUUGGAUUGGAAGGUGAUCAUAUCCAAUUUCAGAAUAUGAUUGGCUUAUAAUAAAGGUACACAUGAGUAUUCAUCUCCACAGAAUCUAAAAAAUUUGCAACCUGGCUUUAAAAUUUUUUGUAAGAUUGUUGUUGUUUGCUAUAUACAAUUCCAUCAGUGACUGCUAUUUUUUUUUUUCCAUUGAUAUUAUAUAAAAUGGUAGCUCUAGUGGAGUAUGUGCCUUAAACCAGCCGAGAAGUUUGGUAGCCUUGUUAGGAAAUAUUUAAGUUAUAUGAAAGUGUAUUCAAUGGCCUUCUUUAUCUUUUGAUUAACUGUCACAUGAACCCAAAGUUUUGAUGCAAAAAUUAAUGUGAACUACUUUUGAGAAGGUGAAGUGACCAAUUACAGAAAGUGUAAAAUUUGCAACCUGGCUUUAAAAUUUUUCUGAGAUUUUUGUUGUUUGCUAAAUACAAUUCCAUCAAUGAUUGUUUUUUUUAUUGUUGUUGAUAUUAAUUAAAUAAAAUGGCAGAUCUAGCAGAGUAUGUGCCUUAAACUAGCAAAUAAGUUUGAUAGCCUUGUUAGGAAAUAUUUGAGUCACUUGAAAGUGUAGUUAAUAGUCUUCUUUAUCUUUUGGUUAAACUGUCACAUGAACCCAAAGUUUUGAGGUAAAAAUAAAUGUAAACUACUGUUGAACAGGGGGUGAAGUGAAGACCAUAAAUUUAGUUUUAAUUUGAGUACCUUGUUUGUGUAGUUGGAUGUGUUUGGGUUAGAGUAAUUAACACAAAUGAAUUGUAGCACAAAUUAAACUUAAAAGAAUACUUUUUGAGCAAAAGUUUAUUAAUCCUUUCACUGCUAGGAGUGGUUAGUAUAAGAGACAGGUAAUAAGUUGCUGAAAAUUGUGAAGACAGGAUAGAUUUGGAUUAAGCACCAGUUAUUAGGAAUCAGAACUAUAGCUAACAUAAAUAGGUAAUUGUAUCAGUGAGGAAAUUAAACUCCAUCAGUGAGCAAAACAGGAUUUGUCCUUACAACAGCCUUAAUCUCUUGACUAAUGCCUGGAAUCUGAGAGCUCAACCUCCUUACAAGGAUCUCUCCUCUUCAUUCUCACUCUUAGAAUGGAAGAAUUAACCCUUUAACUCCCAGAAGUGAUCAACAUGAAACUUCUCCCUACAUGUAAAAUAUCAUUACAUUAUCUAGUAUACAGGAAAUGAGAAUAAGUUGUUAUCUUGAUCUAACACCAAAUUCUUAUGAUUAAUUUACAGAGAAAUGUGUAGUAGCUCGAGGGGAGAAUUGAGAAUCAGAUCUUGGGAGUAAAAAGGUUAAGAAAAACCAAGUGAAAAAAGAUGGCUUGUAAUCCUUUCACACCUAGAUUUCAUUAAAAGUUCAAUAUGUUAAAGCGAAUAGGCCUUUGGAUAUUUGGAACACUAAUAAGGUCUCAUAUAAUAUGUGUGAGAGUGAAUUAUUGGAAACUGAAUUUUUGCACACACAGUAAAAUCCCAUGUAAAGACUUCCUAGUUAAUCCUCAGAUUCCCAAUUACACUACAAUAAUGCAAAUUAAACUUAGAGCCUUAGCAAACUUCACUUAACAUGCAUGCCCAAGAAAACCUUAUCUCUGUUGCACACUUUGCGUUCAUCAAAAAUAAUUGACAUGUAACAAUAAUAUUUUAGAAGACAUAUGACAUAUUUCUAAAAUUCAUGCACAGGUGAAUUCUUCAAUAGUGUAUGCACUGAUGUGGCACCCUUCAAAAGUAAAGCUUUGAGAAGGAGAAACUGAGAAAAGUGUAGAAUACUGGUGAAUUUGAAUUAGUUGAUAGUAAAUGACUGAAAAAUGUACCUCGAGGGAAAUGUUGUCAUGCUUGCAUGACUUACAUUCUGGUGGAAGAGUUUGGUCUAUCAGGCCAUACUGUAUUGUACUAUUACACCAAAUGAAAUCUGGUUAAUAUGUAAAUUACUAGAAGUGAUUCGUAAUAUUUCACUUACUGGUACAUCAAGGAAACAGGCUGCUUGAAAUUCAAUGACACUGUUUUUUCUUACUUUAGCGCAGCCUGAGAAACACAAAGUCCUGAACAGGGUUCACCUCACUUAUGGGUUGUGGCUCCUCAAAAGCUACAAGCGCAGGUAGGCAAACUCUCCUAUUUCUGAAACACACAACUACUUACUAGGUGUGAGCCUCUCACUUUAUGUGUUUAGAGGUGCAAAUCUACUUACCAUGGAAGAUCUUGCAUUUUUUCUAAAAAAAUGGUAACCUGCUAAUGAGGACCUUGGAAAAUUAGUUAUGAUAGGUAAAGGAUAUUACAAUGGCUGUGCGGGGAUACAAAAUUUCUCUUUGAGUGUUGAAAUGUUUUUCUACAUGAGAAGAAAAAUUUUGUAUUUCCAAAUAGCCGUGUAAUAUCUUAUUUAUUAGAGUUUGUACAUAAACAUCAAUGAGAUACUAAGUAAAUACAAUGAAUUGCAAGGAAAGGUGCAUUAAUUAUAUGUAAUUAUGACAUCAGUGAUCUUUUUACAUGUGAUUGAUAACAUGCUAUCUUCGAGUUGUGUUUUUACAAGCAAAGUGCAUAUUGUUUACAAAUUGCCAUAUUGUUAAUUUUUAGUCAACAUUCUGAAGGGCCAACUUGUAAUUUUAAACUACUUGAGAUCAGCAAAGUAAAUUUUAAACGAUAAUGGAUGGUUUAUGAGAAAACAACUGAAUUUUGUGUUCAUUUAUUCAUAUAUUUAUUUAUUAUUAAUUAGGUGAUAUUAUUUGGGUUCAUGAUUAUAAAUAAACCACUGACAUUAUUUAAAGUGUUUAGUCAGCUGCAGACUUAGUUCCAAGAUACCUUGAUAGUUCUCCUUUUUAAGCAAGUUCCACCCUCUGGUUGUCAAUAGAUUCAGUUCAGUCUUCAGUAACAGAAAAGAAUAGCUCAACUUUGUAUUCUUUUUUAUAUAUAAAAGGGAUUUUGCCUUUUUGAUAUAACAUGAAUAAGAUUUCUGCAGCUUGAAGAGCAUUGGGAAAAAGUUCCUCCUUUCCUAGAUGAACAGUUAGCCCUUUGCAGCUUUGUUUUUAACUCCCAAUGCCUCUUCAUAUCUCCCCAACAGUUUGCCAACACCAACUUGUGCUUCUCUUUCUGGAGAGAGGCACAUUAUGGUUUGGCAGUCUUGCCCAAGAAUAGAAACCUAUACCCUCUAACCUCUAAGAGUGAUUGACAUCUUUAAUUAAGUGUCCUCACAGUAUUGAGGAGAUCUGAUAUACCCAUACAUCCCAUACAGACUACUGCUGAAUCAAUCAUUAAGGGUACAAGAAUAGAGGAAUGCUUUCCAAGUAAAGAAGUUCUUGACUGUUCAUAAACUUCUCCUCUAAUAAGCACCAUAGGAAUUGUAUAGAGAACAGUUUAGGUAAUAUGGGGACCCAUGUUAGGUUGCAAGAGGUUAAUGGCCUUGGCCAGGGUUUGAACCCAGCCCUCAUGUUUUCUUUGCCUGCUUGAGUUAAGUAAGUGAUGACUGGGUCAUUAUGCUAUCAUGUGUUCAUGGGAUAGACACUUUAUUUCCUCAGUGGCACUCAGUCUCCACCCAGGAGUGUUAAUGGCUACUGAAAAAUUGUAGGGGGAAGUCUUUAAGUCUGCUUAGGGGAAGUUGGCUCAUAUGCUGGGGGGGGGGGGGGGGGUGGGGUGGGGGUAGUGGUAACCUUGCUCGUAUCCCAGUCAGGGAAAGUAGCAAACAUAAUCACUUCAUGCUACAGAAACAGGGAUAAGUUCUGGCUGAAUGGGCCACUUAGGUUGAGUUUGAAUUCAAACUUUUCAUUUUUUUUUUACUACUUUGUCCUUUACUUUUGGCAGUUUCUCCGCAGUCAGCUCCAAAAUUGAAGAGAAUCAAAGAAGAGGAUGAAAAUGGUAAGUCAAAAUAAAAGCAGUUGUUUUCAGAUUUCUACUAACAGUAACUUAACGUAUACCUUACCGACAGGAGUCAUGAUAUCAUUAAAUUUUUAUGGAGAAAUCUCUUUUUCAUCAGUCUUGAAAAGUUAAGAGACUUAGUUAUCCUCUUUUAAAACAAAUGUUGGAAAAUUAUUCUUACAGCUAUCCAGUCGACUUCUAAACGGAGUUCAUCCUCCCGCUCUUCAGUAAAAGAAAGCAAUGGACAUGCACAGAGAAUAACAGAGAAUGGUGGAAACGGUAAGAAAAAAAAUCAACUCUUUAACUCCCAUAAGUGAUUGAGAGAUAACUUCUCCCUUUAAUAUUCUUACACCAUCCAGCAAACAAGAAAUGAGAAUACUAAAGCUUAUCACGAAGAAUUUGUUCUUGAUUUCAAACCAAGUUCUCUUGACUAAUAUAAAAGUAAAUGUGUAGCAGCUAGAGGGGAGAAUUAACAAUCAGAUCAUGGGAGUUAAAGGGUUAAGGCUAGCUCUCUAGUCAGAGACCUCAUACUAGACGGACACGCGUUCAAUACGCGUCCGUCAUACAUCCAUUACGUAGUUUUCCAAUCUUAUACCAGGCACUCGGUCUGAGGACACAAGCGAAAAGGUGGCUGCGUUAAAAAAAAUUGAGAACUGCAUUGACCGCCCGCUUCUAUUUCGCCCCUCUUUUCUGACUUAUAGCCUUUGAUGGGCUACAGUUCUCUUGACUGCUUCUGAAAAGGUGGAGUCAUUAAUUAGAGUUAUUGACUGAUACAGAGUAGGAGUGUAGUGUGCGCGAGGGACUCGAAACUGCAUGCAUACUCGCCAAACUCGCAUGACGAUCAGCAGAGAUGCACCUCUUUAGAUCUCCUAGAUGCAUCCUACUUUAUAGCUUACGUGUAGCCGUACCCUCCUCCUCCUGCUAAGGUGAAACGGAAGGGAGGGAACGUCCCUCGUUUCCGUUUCACCUUGGGUGGGAGGGAAUGGGUACGGCUACACGUAUGCUACCGACUUCACACCAUCGAUUCACUUGAAUGAUACGUCACCUCUGAGUAGUGACGCUGUAAAUUUGAAACGGGAGUUCAAUAAUUUAAAAAAUAAUAAUAAAUAAGAAAUUACCAUCCAUGAUUUGAAAUAUUUGAAAACACCUUUACACUUUGGUUGUAGGAGGAGAGUCAUCCAGUAAGCAGACAGGUAAAUCUGUGUCUCCGCCUUCCUCUGCCAAUGGUCAUGUUCCUCGUGGUGAUUCUCCAAAGGGAAGUGCGAACAACAAUAUAGACUCAGAGAGCACAAGUAGUGAGGAAGCUAAUGAAAAGGUUGACACUGAUGGUCCCAGUAAUAAUAAACCACCUCCUUCUGAAGGAAAUUCCAGGGUUGAAAAUCUUUCUGCAACAGAUGCUACAGACAAUGUGACUCAGGUUACGAAUGAUAAGGAAGAGCCACAGAAGGAAGGAUCGCCUGCUUCGGAUGGUUGUGCGUCUCAAAGCAAAGCUACUUUGAAUGAGGAGGAAGCUACCGAGACCCAAAGUACAGCUCUUGGUGACAAAGAUGUGGUUCCUGUGCCAAAUGAGAUAAGUACGGAAAGUACCACUGCUGAUACACAUGCGGCUGAGACUAGUGCAGUGCAACAGAAAGUCGCCGGUGAAGUCAACAUACCUGGCAAGAAUGAAGAGGAUCCCUCACAAGAUGAGACUCAGGGUGUCAGUGGAACUUCCCCUGACGGGGAUGAAGAGGCUGCGGAAACUGAUUUAACCCAACAAAGAGUAGCCAGUGAUGCUAGUUUACCUGUUGAGAUUAAAAAUGCACCCCCUGUUAAUCAAACCAAACGGUCUAGUACAGCUUCAAGUCGCCACUCCACGUUACCUUUGGAUAGUGAGGUGAAUGCUUUAAUUCAGGAGCUAGAUUCCGUAUUACCUGCUACGACAGAAAAUACUAAACACUCUGAUAAGAGUGAAGUCACUAAAGAGGUUCUUUUAUCUCCCGGUGGAGAAGACAGUUCUGGUGAUAACUUUAAGCACGACUCCACGUCCGCCCCAGUCGAAGCUACGGAACAAACAGAUCCUUCCAAAGAGGAUUCAGCACUUGAAAAUAAACAAAGUGCAGCCCCUCUUGCCGAAUCAACCGACGAGGCUUCGUUGAAGGGUAACAGGACGGUUUUUGGGCGUAUAUGCACCUUAAGCGCGAGUGUUCUUGUAGGCUCCAUAGAUGAUCCACAGGGGGAACAAAAUGUAACGCUUACCGGAUCUGUAUACCGUGUGCCAAGAAUAGAUGGGGACGCGACCACACCCAAACCAGGGGAAAAGAUCGGGAUCAUCAAGGGAGAUGUCACUUCUACACCUACUGAUAAUGAAUCAAGUGUCCAUCUAGCCACCCUUCGAGGAGAUCUUUUGGCUGUGUCUGGAGAGGCGGCGUUGCAAGGACAUGUUGCUACCGCUUCAAUAGAUGUGUUGUCUUGUGCAACCGGAGAAAAAGUAGCAACCAUAAUGGCGGAUGUUGCUCCGAAUGAUGACGCAGACAGUCCUUCAGGUGUCAUCUCAGGGGAGGUUCUCGGCGCUUCGGAAAAUGGAUCUUACGAAGAGAAAAUUGGAACUUUGGCGGGAAAAGUCGUUGCGUUGACAUUUGAUGAUGACAUUGUUUCAAUGUCUAGUGCAGAUGAAGAACUUCUGAAACUCCGGAGGGAGAGCUGCUUUAUUUGAUCUGAAUGAGCAGAGCGUCAUGUUCCAGAAAAAAUCAUAUUUUCUUCUUUUCCGCUGUGACUUUUGAACUAACAAUCUUUGACGUUUCUUCCGAAAAAUUAAAUUAUUCUUUCGUGAACUUGGAAUGAUACGUGCAAAGUGACUCUCCUCUAGUCUCUGUGAAAUAAUUUAUUUUAUCAUUAAAAUAACCGUGUAAUUUAUUUUAGUAAGAGUUAAAAAGUGUUUCAAAUUACUUUUUAUCAUAGGCGAGUUGCAGUACACGCGCGAAAAAUAUGCACACGCGAUAUUCAAGAAAGUCUGUGAAUUAUUUUUUAAUUAUGACAACACUUCUCGUUAUAUUUAUAAUUGCCAAUCACGAGUGGAAAACGAAGGAAGAUAGCUUGGAAUUAUACAUACUUACUACAAUGACAAAAACCUAUAAGGUUUAGAA